AAGAUGAAGCUCCUGUGGCUGGGCGUGGAUGUCUCCAGGGUUCUGCACCUGGCCGCCGUGUUCUGCCUGACCUGCGUGCUGCUGAAAGUCAUCCAGCUGUUCCACCGGCGGCGGGAGCUGCUCCGGGCGCUGGCCGACUUCCCCGGGCACCCGACCCACUGGCUCUUCGGCCACGUCCACGAGUUUCUCAAGGAGGAAGAGAUGCUGGACAAGGUAGAGCUCUGGGCACAGAAGUACCCACAUGCUCAUGCUAUGUGGUUUGGGAGUUUCUCAGCAUUCCUGAUUGUCACUGAUCCCGACUAUGCCAAGGUUCUGUUGAACAGAGGAGAUCCCAAGGAUAACAUCAGCUAUAAGCACCUUAUCCCAUGGAUUGGGAAUGGGUUGCUGAUCUUACAUGGGCCCAAAUGGCACCAACACAGAAAACUCCUGACCCCAGGGUUUCACUACGAUGUCUUGAAGCCGUACGUGGCCCUGAUGGCAGAAUCUACAAACGUGAUGCUGGAUAAGUGGGAGAAACUGGCAGCAGAUGGGAAGCCAGUGGAGCUCUUUGAGCACAUCAGCUUGAUGACUCUCGAUAGCAUCAUGAAAUGUGCCUUCAGUUGUCACAGCAACUGCCAGACCAACAGGAAAAACACCUACAUCCAGGCUGUCUAUGACCUCUGCCACAGGGUGCACCAGCGCCUCCGCAUCUUCCCCUACCACAAUGACAUAAUUUACUGGCUCAGCCCCCAGGGGUUUCAGUUCAGGAAGGCCUGCAGGAUCGCUCAUGACCACACAGACAAGGUGAUCCGUGAGCGAAAGGAAUCCCUUAAAGAUGAACGGGAAUUUGAAAAGAUACGGAAGAAGAGACAUUUGGACUUUUUGGACAUUCUGCUGUGUGCCAAAGAUGAGAAUGGAGCUGCACUGUCCGAUGAGGACCUGCGUGCUGAGGUGGACACAUUCAUGUUUGAGGGCCACGACACAACAGCCAGCGGCAUCUCCUGGCUCUUCUACUGCCUGGCAGUCCACCCUGAGCACCAGCAACGGUGCAGGGAGGAGAUCCAGGGCAUCCUGGGGGACCGGGACACAAUCCAGUGGGAGGACCUGGGCAAGAUGACCUACAGCACCAUGUGCAUCAAGGAGAGCCUGCGCCUCUACCCGCCCGUGCCUGGCGUGUCCCGGCAGCUCAGCAAACCCGUCACCUUCCCCGACGGACGCACUUUGCCCGAAGGCAGCGUCACUGCAAUAAGCAUUUACCUCAUUCACAGAAACCCUGAAGUAUGGAAAGAUCCUUUGGUGUUUGACCCUCUGCGUUUUUCCCCCGAGAAUGUCUCUGGCAGGCACUCUCAUGCCUUUCUGCCUUUUUCUGCUGGAAUGAGGAAUUGCAUCGGGCAGCAGUUUGCCAUGAACGAGAUGAAGGUGGCGCUGGCUCUGACCCUGCGGCACUUCGAGCUCUCGCCCGACCCUGCCACGCCUCCCCUCAAAAUAACUCGGGUCAUCCUUCGCUCCAAGAAUGGGAUUCACCUGUAUUUAAAGAAAAUCCGCUGAUGCUGGAAAACAUCUUGCAUUCACCAGAGGGAGGAGCCAAGCAGAUGACAGGACAGUGUGUUUCUGGGGCAGAAGUGCAGGGCAGGAUUUGGGGAUGAGGAUUCCUGAUUUCUGUGCUUCAUCCACCAGCUGAAAGCCCUUUUCAGGUGAGGCUGGGAUGCCACUGCACAGACUGUCUGUUCCAGGGCACUGAUCUGAGAGCAGCCAGCCACGGCCACUCUGUUUGUCCCCUUGCACUGCCAUAAGGGUGGGCCUGGCCUGGUCUGGGAACAUCUGCAGGUCCCACCAGCCUACUUCUUACCAAAUCCUGCCUUCACACUCGUGCCCUGGCCAAAUCUGUGACCAUUUCCAACCCUGCUCUGUCAUCAGCACCUUCCUCAGUGCCUAGAGGUCAGCCCUCCUCUCCUGCAGUGGGGACAGCCUGUGACAGACCUCUGUCUCACUUCUCACACUCAGUGGGCCUCUCAUUUGUUGAAAGCACUGAUUACAGUUUGGGCUCUGAAACUCUGCUCAAACUUCAAAAUAUUCUGUAACUUUUGUCUUAAUAAACCAAUAAUUUUUCCUGCAA